CCAAUUUGCGUUAUAAUACUAAGUUUCUUCGCAGCUUAGAAAAAACAAAUCAUUCACGAAGUUUCAACCAAGCUUUGCAGUUCUCUAGUCGGUCAAAAUAUUUACUAUUAACAGAAAAACAUUUUAAGUUAUCGCUUCCAUUAAAAAUGGCAACCACAAGUGCAACUCCACCAUUGGCUACAUUAAAUGCGCCAAAUCCUAGUGCAACAAUGAAUGAGAAGUUCUCCAGAAACUAUUUAACGCUUGAUAAUCCCGUCUUCUGCUGUUUCCUUUUCUGGGCCAGUGUGCUGGUGAUUAAGAUGUUGUUAAUGUCAUUGUUAACGGCGUUGCAACGUUUCCGCAAUAAGAUUCUGGGUUUAUUUCCUCAUAGCUGUCUGAGGAAGGUAUUCCCUAACCAAGAGGACUUGUUCUUCAAGGAUAUUGAAGUGGAAUUCAAUGACCCACAUGUGGAGCGCGUGCGUCGCGCACAUCGCAAUGACAUGGAGAAUAUUUUGCCAUACUUCACAAUGGCACUGCUAUACAUUUGCACAAAUCCGGAUCCAACAGUUGCUUGCAUACUCUUUCGUGUUGUGGCCGUUGCGCGCAUAUUGCACACACUAGUAUAUGCAUUCUAUCCAGUACCACAGCCUUCACGCAUUAUUGCCUUUGGAGUGGCUUUUGCUAUAACAAUUUAUAUGGCCUGUGCUGUGGCAUUGGACGUGCUGACAUAUAUCUAAAAUUUGAUGUAUUUACUUUUGUAUACGUUGAUUUUUUACGAAAUAAAAUUUAGUUAUGAUAUACUUUUCAUCAUUUAAUGAA